UGUCACUUGAAAACAUCAUCCUCGCCUUCCCGACAUGUCCGCCGGGCCCAGCAAGCGCACUCGUCGCCAGCCUGGCGCGGUGGACGCAGUCGUUGUCGACGCCCACGAUCGAGCGCUGGUGCAUUGGCACAACGCCAUCCGCGCAAGACAGCUGCCGCUCAGCAAGAUUGGACUCGUACACUUUGAUUCACAUCCAGACCUCGGAAUUCCGGAUCAUCUCCAAGCUGCCACCGUGUUCAAGCCAGACGAGUUGUACCAGCAGAUCGACAUUGCUGAAUUCAUCUUGCCGGCAGUCUUUGCUGGUCACGUCUCGCACAUGCUGUGGAUUCGUCCGCCUUGGGCAAGGCAGAUCGCAGAUGGCAAAUAUACAAUUACCGUUGGCCGCGAGCUGAUAUCUGGACUUGUCAAAGUGCAUUGUGGCGAACAGCUGCUUCCUUACUUUGUGGACGACGGAGCAGCUGUCGAGCGGCUUGAGGCACUCGAUGGCCCCUCCUGCAAGACGCUGGCUCUGUGUGUUGCUGCGCUGCCGCUGGUGCCAGCUCAGCAUGCAUUUCUGUCCGACGCGUCCGUAUCGACGUGGAUUUUGGACAUUGACCUCGACUACUUUUCCACCACCAACCCUUGGCUGCAGGAAUUGGCAUUUCGGAGACCAGCAUCGCUCAAUGGGGAUUUGCGAGUUCUCUCCAGCGUGUUUCUGAACGCAGUGUGGCAUGCAGAUUUAAUCUCUGAGGCGGCUCUCCCACCCGGAGUCGAUUCUGCCAUCUGCGUCGCAAUAUCGGAAACGCCAUUGGUCGAUAGUGAAUCCAUCCGUUCGACUGCAGCCUACUUUGACUACCGACGGAAAUUGGCGUCGCUAUUGCAGCUGUUGUGUAGGCUGCCCUCAAGAUCAAACAGUGUCGCAGGACAGACGCCGCCAGACAGCGAGGUCUCGUGGCUGACAUUCCACGACAAUCAAGACAGAUUUGUCGCAGCUGGUAGUGAGCUUCUCGGGUCGUAUCUGCACCAAACCCAUGGUCCUGGUGUAUUGCUGGUGUAUUGCGGUCGUUUCACGAGCUGUUGCAAAACGUGCACCAGCAGCACCAACAGCAACAAAUGGAGCAACAGAAACUCGAGACGGUUCACAAGGACCGUUGGCCCUCCUUCUCAGUUGACGACCUCGUCCAAACGGGACUGUUGCUCGUGCACCCGCAUGUUUGCAUGCAGCAAACGGCACUGUCGCAGGCGGUUUCUCAAGUUACGCACAUGUUGGCGGCUGCACGGUCAAACGGGAUGCAACUCCCGGCUUUCAUCACGAUCGCCACUUCCACGACCGACGGGCACACGCCUGCCAGUCAGGCAUCAGAAAUUGAGCAACUCGUUCGUCGUGGCAUAACUGCGGGGCUACCCGGUGUGGCAUUGUCCUGGAUCAACGACACUUUGUAGUUUUGGCGUCCUUGUCGCACAGGUUGUUAUUUUGUCGAUUGUCGAUGAUGUUUGGUUUUUUCUUUUCCUGUUAUUAUUAUUAUUAUUACGUGUCAGAUUACUUGUCAAAUUCACUCAAAC